AUUUCAUAUUUGUUUCCGGGUAAUUUCGUCCAAAUAUAAUGUAUGUGUUAGUUUUGUGUGUCUGAUCCUUAAAAGGCUGUUCAAUUUAGUUUGAAUUCCUCUAAUUUUGAUCAUCUUCCCACCAGUCUUUGCCAUCAAGUGGUUAAAGCCAGCCACACAAUAAUAUUAUUAUAUAUCUGGGAUAGAAAUAGAAGUAGGGAAAAUCCUUUAGUUCUAGAACUCCGUCAACAUCCAAUCACUUGCUUUCUUAUUUUCUAAUCUAAUCCCCAACACAACACAGCACGGCACAACUACUCAAUUGGAGCUUUAAUGUCGAAAAAAGGAGGGGCUGCACUCCAAAAGGAUGCGCCUUGGAGGCAAUCCUCUGGGAAACCUAUUCCCAAAAUCCAUCACUCUCCUAUUGUUCGUCUUCCCAAUACUCCUUAUUCUAAUUACGCCCUUUCCAUCUGCCAGCAUCCUAAUCCUGUAGGAACUGGGUUGGCUAUGGAUGCUAUUGUUGAAGCAGCUGGUCCUGACUGCAUCGUCCCUGGACAAAUUAAACCCAUCAGAUUAGUCGGUCUCAAGGUUUGGCCAAUUGAAGUUGACCUUAAAUUUUUAGAACCAGUUGGAAGAGAACUUAAGCUGCUUGGAAAGUUUAUGGAUGAUGCAGUCAGCCUCAUGAACAAAUCCUUCAUAGAUCGGUAGUUGCUCAAGAGUUUUAUUUGUUAAGAGAGCACAACUGCUGCCUGAGUAUUCUGAAUCAUUCUUGUUAUGCAGAAGUCUAGCCGAACAGAGUGACUGCAGAUAACAUUUUCUUCUGCACUAAAUUUCUUUUCUUUUAGAUCAAACAAUUUCUUGAAAAGUGGAUGUAGACAUAUGGAGGUUUAAGUUUCUUCAGUGUUUUUGGCUGCAUAAAUUUUGUCUUGUGGACUUAUAUACUAUGACUGGAAACGAAGAUCUGUAUAAUAGCCUUAUUUUGAAUAAAUAUUAUAUUUUUUCUUUUAA